AUGAGUCGCCCCCAAUCUUCUCGCAAGCGGAAAAGCCUUGCCGCAGUCGCGCAUGUCUCCGAUAGCGACGAAUUCGAUGGCGACGUCCUGGAAGGCAUCCUUUCGCAGAGCGAUGACGGAUCGGAGGAUGAGCUUCCCAGCUCCAGUGAAGAGGAAUCCAACCUGGAAGGCAGCGACUGGGACGGGCACAGUGCCUCCAGCGAGGAUGAGCUCGAACACUCUGGCGACGACAAGGGCGUAGAUGCCAGCCACUCAGUCAUGAGCCGCCCUACGUAUCGCAUUGUCGCUGACGCCAACGGGGGCGAGCGGUACGAGUACAAAGAGAUCGAUCCCAUUUACGACAGCGACGACUCAGACGCGCAGGAGCCCGUCAACACCAUUGGAGACAUUCCGCUCUCGUUUUACGACUCGUACCCUCACAUUGGGUACGACAUCAACGGCAAGAAAAUCAUGCGCCCCGCUACUGGCGAGGCUCUCGACGCCUUGUUGGACAGCAUCGAGCUGCCCAAGGGCUGGACUGGCCUGACAGAUCCCCAGACCGGCAAGCCACUGAAUCUUACCCAAGACGAACUGGAGCUGCUCCGGCGACUGCAAACCGGCGAGGUGCCCGAGGACGGCUACGACCCCUAUCCCGAAUUGGUCCCCUACUUCACCAGCACCGAAGAGAAAAUGCCUUUGAGUGCGGCGCCAGAACCAAAGCGCAGGUUUGUUCCAUCCAAGCAUGAGGCUAAGCGCGUAGCGCAGCUUGUGCGGGCCAUCAAAGAUGGGCGCAUCCUGCCCUACAAACCCCCCGAGACCGGCGACAAGGAAGAGCAGGAAAGGGGAUCUUGCUACGACAUUUGGGCCAACCAAGAACCCCAAGAGCCCCAUGUGAUGAGCAUUCCUGCCCCCAAGCUGGCACCUCCUGGAUACGAUCUCAGCUACAACCCGCCUCCGGAAUACCUGCCAACCGCCGAGGAAAGACUAGCUUGGGAGAACACGGAUGCUGAAGAUCGCGAAAAAGACUAUCUCCCAGCCAAAUUUGACUCCCUGCGCAAAGUGCCUGGCUAUGCUGGGUUCGUCAAGGAGAGGUUUGAGAGGUGUCUGGAUCUUUACCUAGCCCCGAGGAUCCGCAAGAACAGGCUGAACAUUGACCCCAACUCGUUGCUUCCCAAGCUCCCCCGCCCAGAAGAGCUCAAACCAUUCCCAACAAUGUGCCAAACCAUAUUCAGGGGACAUGAUGGGCGAGUGCGCUCGAUCGCGUUUAGCCCCGACGGAGAAUGGCUUGCAUCUGGUGGCGAUGAUGGCACUGUCCGUGUGUGGGCGCUCAACGGACAUCAGGACUGGACCGUCAGGCUUGCCUCUGAAGAACCGGUCAACGUCGUUCGCUGGCGACCCAACAAGGACACGUUUGUUCUUGCCGCCGCCACCGGAGAGGAUUUGUUCUUCAUGGUGCCGCCUCUGUGCAGCGACUUGGUUCAGAAGUCGAGCCGCGACGUUCUAGAUGCUGGUUUCGGCUAUGCAGCUAAUGGCGCCCAAUCGCUCGCCGUCCACAACGGUGCGCAACGAGAACCGCCGGCACGAUGGUCUCGGCCAGGCUCCAAGCUUGAAGAGGCUGGCGUGCUUAUCAAGGCCACGGUGAGGACGCCGAUCAAGACGUUGAGCUGGCACCGACGCGGCGACUUCCUCUGCACCGUCUCACCAACCGGGCAACGGAGCUCCGUCACCAUUCAUACGCUCUCAAGACAUCUAAGCCAAAUUCCUUUUCGCCGGCUGCCUGGACUCGCCCAGACCGCCCAAUUUCAUCCCUCACGGCCGCUCCUCUUCGUCGCCACGCAGCGCAUGAUCCGGUGUUACGACCUGCAGAGGCAGGAGCUUGUCAAGGUGAUACAACCAGGGGCUCGCUGGAUUUCGUCUUUUGACGUCCAUCCGGGGGGGGACAACUUGAUUGCCGGGUCGUAUGACCGAAGGCUGCUGUGGCACGACCUGGACCUGUCAAGCCGACCGUACAAGACCAUGAGAUUCCACACCGAGGCAAUCCGAGCAGUCAAAUAUCACAGGGGCUUGCCGCUGUUCGCCGACGCCAGCGAUGAUGGGACGUUGCAGAUAUUCCACGGCAAGGUCGUCAGUGAUUUGAUGGAAAGCGCCACCAUUGUGCCCGUCAAGAUGCUCCGGGGCCACACGGUCGUCAACAAGAUUGGAGUCAUGGACGUGGACUGGCACCCUCGGCACCCAUGGUGCUUGAGCGCAGGAGCGGACGGAACCUGUAGGCUGUGGGCGUAA